AAGUAUUUUUCUGAUCAUAAUUUUUUAAUGUAAAAUUAAAAAAUAACUCUGAAUAUUAAUAUAAUUUUACUAAAUUGAAAGUAGCGCAUUUAAAUAUGGAUUCUCAAGAACAACCGAAGAAAUGCUUCUGUGCCAGAUGUUUCUUACCAAUAGAUCCCGAAGACAAAGUAGACAUUGAAGGGCAAAAUUUUCACACGCUUUGCAGCACGUGCUGUAUCUGUCGAAUGAUCCCUACAUCCCUUAAAAUGUUCUAUGGGCAUGUGUUUUGUAACGACUGCUUUAAGACCCAUGUUCUAACGAGAUUCAAAGGAGAUAGUCCGCGGAUCCACACCAACAGCUGGUGGAUGCAAUGGGCGCCUGGAACAAAACCUCGGGAAACUAAGGAAGCUACUCAAAAGGAUGAAGAAAUGAAACCGCAGAACGAUGCAGAGGACCAACCUCGAAAGUGCAUUUGUGCACGAUGCCUGCAAGCGGUGGACGAAAAUAAUAAGGUCAAUAUCGGCGGGCAGAACUUCCAUCCACAAUGCGCAAAAUGCUAUCUCUGCCAUUCAAUUCCAACAGACAAAGUGAAAAUCUAUUAUGGACAAGUAUUUUGUGAGGAAUGUUUCCAUCGGCACGUAUUGAACCGCAAUAGGGAUAAUCCAUCUGAGUUUUUUAAGACCUGCUUCGAACAGUGGCAAAACAAUAGCCAGUUUGCUGAAAAUAUGAGGGAGUUUAUGACUGGAAGGGAAAGUACGCCAUUUGUUUUUAUGAUGAAUGAGUCACAGCCACCUCUCUAUAGCUGUGGCACUGGACAAAAGGACUGGUUUCCACCGAAUGAACCUAGGAAAUCUGCAACACCGGCCACCGUAUCUAUUGGCGACGAAUCCUUCGGUACGUGGGAUCUGUCUUUCGAGAAUCGUACCGAAGUAUCGGAGUCCCCCGAAUCGAGCAUCGCCAUCGACGAAUCGGGAAAUCAUGAAGAUAUGAUUGUGGCUGCAGCAGAAAAAAUUGAAAAGCUGACAAAAUACCUUCACGAAAGACGUGGUGAUAACACUCAUGAAAAAAGCGCGAAAAAAUGGAAAAAUUACAUUGAAUGCGGCAAGACGUCGUCGACGUCCGUAAAUGAUCAGUCGCAACACGGAUGGGUCGAUUUGUCAGAUCCGAAAAAUUAUACAACUCAUUUGGAUUGUCCAAAGUGUUUGUGGCAGUGCGGUCCUAUUUAUGUAAACAGUGGAUAUUUACAAAAAGUUUCUUGUGGAGAAAAAUUUUCUAAGGAAUAAAAACGU